AUGAUUCUACUGUUCUGCGUCUUUUCUCUCCUCUCAGUGGAUGCAGCACCUAAAAAACACAGUCGUCAAGACGUUAAUCACCCAUCAGUAGAUCGAAUUUUCUCAAAAGUUAAAGAAGCUGAAUUGAAAGACACACUGAGCGUUGGUGUCAAAAUGAAUGAACCAGAUACACUAGUGAUAGCACCAGUACGAGGAUUUGAUAGGGGUCAUCAUCAACGCCGAAGACGACGUCAUAGACGUGGUAGACGUGGUGGUCGACGAAAUAGAAGAAGAUUUCAAAAAGGAUUAAACAAAAAACCACAUCUUGGCGGUUAUCCAAUGCAUUAA